AUGAGCGUGGGCUGCCCAGAGCCCGAGCCGCCCCGCUCCCUGCCCUGCUGUGGGCCUGGGACGGCCCUUGGGCUGGGGGCAGGCGUGCCCCUCCUCACUGAAGACAUGCAGGCCCUGACCCUCCGCACACUGGCUGCUAGCGAUGUCACCAAGCACUACGAACUGGUGCGGGAGCUGGGCAAAGGCACCUAUGGGAAGGUCGACCUGGUGGCCUACAAGGGCACAGGCACGAAAAUGGCGCUGAAAUUUGUGAACAAGAGCAAAACCAAGCUGAAGAACUUCCUGCGGGAGGUGAGCAUCACCAACAGCCUCUCCUCCAGCCCCUUCAUUAUCAAGGUCUUCGACGUGGUGUUUGAGACCGAGGACUGCUACGUCUUUGCCCAGGAGUAUGCGCCUGCUGGGGACCUGUUCGACAUCAUUCCUCCUCAGGUGGGGCUCCCGGAGGACACGGUGAAGCGCUGCGUGCAGCAGCUGGGCCUGGCGCUGGACUUCAUGCACGGGCGGCAGCUGGUGCACCGCGACAUCAAGCCCGAGAACGUGCUGCUGUUCGACCGCGAGUGCCGCCGCGUGAAGCUGGCCGACUUCGGCAUGACGCGCCGCGUGGGCUGCCGCGUGAAGCGGGUCAGCGGCACCAUCCCGUACACGGCGCCCGAGGUGUGCCAGGCGGGCCGCGCCGACGGGCUGGCCGUGGACACGGGCGUGGACGUGUGGGCCUUCGGCGUGCUCAUCUUCUGCGUGCUCACCGGCAACUUCCCGUGGGAGGCGGCCUCGGCCGCCGACGCCUUCUUCGAGGAGUUCGUGCGCUGGCAGCGCGGCCGCCUGCCGGGGCUGCCGUCGCAGUGGCGCCGCUUCACCGAGCCGGCGCUGCGCAUGUUCCAGCGGCUGCUGGCGCUCGAGCCCGAGCGGCGCGGCCCGGCCAAGGAGGUCUUCCGCUUCCUCAAGCACGAGCUCACGUCCGAGCUGCGGCGCCGGCCCUCGCACCGGGCCCGCAAGGCCCCGGGGGACCGCGCGCCCGCCGGGCCGCUGCGCCUCGAAGCGCCCGGGCCGCUCAAGCGCACGGUGCUGACCGAGAGCGGCAGCGGCUCCCGGCCCUCGCCCCCGGCUGUCGGGCCCGCGCCCGUGCCCGAGGCUGGGCUGGCGCCCCCGGGCCCGCCUGGCAGGACCGACGGCCGCCCGGACAAGAGCAAAGGGCAGGUGGUGCUGGCCACGGCCAUCGAGAUCUGCGUCUGA